AUGGGCCGCAGUAUGCAUCUCAAGAGUUUCAGAGACUCAGCCAAACCUGGGAAUUUGAACACAGGACAUCCUCACCUGGGUAUGCCCAGAGCAAUGUCGUCUAGAGCUGCUGCUGAGAGGUCGGGGUUGAGCUGGAAGGGAAGCGGCACGACGGAGACGGGCAUCAACGCAGACUCCCCACCUCUGCAUCGGCAUCCCCCCGGCGUCCGCGGACUGUCACGUCGGUCCAUUGAGGACAGAAGAGAACCAGUCAGUAUGAUGACAGUGAGUGGGAUCCUGUUCAGCUUCCUGCUCAGCACAGCUCUCUGUGCCCCUGUGAAAGUUAAAGAGGAGACAAACACCUUGUUCCAUGGGGACGACUUCCACAUCUUGCUGCCCUCCCAGGGGGCGGAGGUCACCUUCCGGUCCAGUUCAGCUCCACGGGCAACAGACGUGAUCCUGAUGCGGGACGGCAAUGUGGUCAGCACCAGGGCCAAGCUCAACCAGUACCUAAGCCAUCUCAUCCUGGAUGCUGUCGGCGAGGCAGAUGAGGGCGUGUACACUGUGAAGAACCCCGAGACACCGGACGACAUCCGGAGCAUUUCACUUAUUGUUCGAGAUUGCUCCAAUGAACAGAACGUUAAAUAUGGAGACAACUUCCACAUCCAGCUGUUAGGAGUGAUGACUCCCAUCUCCCUGGAGUACAAACCCAGUGCUGUGGAGGCCACCCAGACAUCUAGGCCUGCUCUGGUGCUGCUGACCAGCACAGGGCUGCCCAGGGGGGGCUACCAUGGCCGUUUCAGCGUCAACGACCGCCAUGUCACCCUCAACACUGUCACCGGUGCUGACGAGGGCAGCUAUACUGUCAGGGAUGCCGAGGGGAAGAUCCAGAGGAAAGUGUGCCUCAAUGUCAAAGAGCACCAGAACUUUGAGCGCGUUCCGUAUGGGGAGACAAUGAAGAUCCACCUGAUCCUCAACAGCUCCUUGGUCAAACUCAACUACAUUCCCGACUAUGACCACAAACCCCGCCUGCUGAUGGACAAGGGAGAGUUCACCAGUGCCCAAACCGACCUGGGUCUGGAGGGGCGUCUCUCUCUGGACGGUUCUGUGGUGCUUCUGGAGCGGGUCAAGCGCUCAGACGCGGGCGAGUUUGAGGUGACGGAUAUACUGGGCUUCCACGUCACCACGGCCUACCUGGAAGUCGAGCGUAAGUAAGAAAGGAUGGGCAGGGAAGGGAAAGAGGAGAGGAUGGGGAGGGGAACAGGAUAAGGGAGAGAGGUCUGAGAAAUGGCUGAUUAAUUCACAAACGCGGCACAAAAGAACCCCAAACGGUCGUGAAAUUGUACAUUUCUGGGAGAAUGUUCAUAUGGUUAUUAAUGAAAUCCUGGGCUAUGAUACACCUAUAGUAUGUAAUGUAUUAUACUGUACUUUGCUAAUAUGACAGGAGAUAUUGUGUUAAGAGAGGACACAUAUUUGUUGAAAAUCUUGUUGGCAGCUUGUGUAAAAAGGCCAUUAUGGAAAGAUGGGACAAGGCAGAACCACCAACACAGGAUGAAUGGCUAAAAAUAGUGACAGCAGUAUAUGAUAUGGAACCGUUAACUCGCAGGAUAAGAACUCGACGAACGAUGUCGAGAGAAAUGGGAGAAAUGGAUGGUGUUUACAUGUCAACGACUAGAUAAGUGAAUGGUGCGCUGAAUAUGUCACAAAAAUGUGUGGACUUUUUGGUUUUGUUUGGUUUUGUUUUCUUUGGUGUGUCUUUGUUUAAUGGAAAAACAAGUAUUAAAACAAAAAA